GCCAUCUGCAUGCACCUCACUGCGUCCAUAGAGAAACUGACUCAGCACAGGGACUUUCUGCACAGGACGUCAGAUUAAUAUCGAUUUAUUUUCUGGAGGAUUUUGAGUGUUUGAAUUUUUCCAGGAACAUGCAGUUUUACUGUAAGAGUGACACACUGGAACUGUUUAGUCCUUUUUGGACUCUAAAUUAGUAAAAGCAUAUUGUCUCGCCAUUUUUCUGGAUAUCUGGUCAGUUUAGUGAAUCCAUCCUGACAUCAUCUGAUGAACAUGCCGAGUUUUUCUGCGCUCUCUUCGGGCUUUGCGUCCACAGCGGCUGCGCGCUUCCAACCAGCAUCAUCUCCACGCAGAGCAGCGGAGCUCAGCGCUCAGGUGUCCUAACGGCAUCAUUUACUGACCGAUACCUUCAUCACACACGCUUCUAAGAUAAAAAAAGAAAAAAGAAAAGAAAGAAAAAAAGAUAGAGAGUAAGAAAUGUUGCCUGGGCAACGCACCGGUGAGUGAAGGAGGCUGUGGCUGUGGAAGCCGAUCUCCCGCUCCGGAGCUUUGAGGUUUCCAAACGUUUCAUCGCUGCGCCGGAGGACGGAGACGGGGACCAGGGGAAAAUGUACAAAGUUUGCCCGUGUGGUCUUUCAGCGCGAUCCCGCAGUAGCGACAGGACAUGAGCAGGAAUUAAACGAAGAAUGCGUUUCAUUUGGGAUUUAUGUUUGAUUUUGCAAAUAUACAUCAUCUGCAGUUCGUCAGCUCAGCCUAUUAUAUCCAAGCUUGAUGAGAGUUGGUGGGCAUAUAAAGAUGUGGUCCAGGGAAGCUUUGUUCCAGUUCCGUCCUUCUGGGGCCUGGUCAACUCGGCCUGGAACUUGUGUGCCAUCGGGAAGAGACAGUCCCCCAUUGACAUAGAAACCACUCACAUGAUCUUUGACCCUCACCUGACCCCUCUGAGGCUGAACACAGGAGGACGAAAGAUGUAUGGCACCAUGUACAACACAGGAAAGCAUGUGUCACUGCGGCCGGACAAAACACAUCUGGUGAACAUCUCUGGGGGCCCCCUGGGUUACAGCUACCGACUGGAGGAGGUCCGCCUUCACUUUGGGAGUGAAGACGCUCUUGGUUCUGAGCAUCUCCUGAACGGACAAGGAUUUCCUGGAGAGGUCCAACUGAUCCACUAUAAUCAGGAUCUGUAUGCUAACUACAGUGAGGCAGCUAAGAGUCCUCACGGCAUCGCUGUGGUCUCCAUCUUCAUUAAGCUCUCAGAAAACUCCAACACCUUCCUCAACCGUAUGCUCAACAGAGACACCAUAACCAGAAUCAACUACAAACAUGAUGCAUUCCUACUAAUGGGCCUGAACAUAGCUGACCUUUACCCUGACACCAUCCGCUACAUCACUUAUGAGGGUUCCAUCACCAUCCCUCCCUGCUACGAGACCUCCACAUGGAUCCUCAUCAACAAGCCAGUUUAUGUGACACAGAUGCAGAUGCACUCCCUGCGCCUCCUCAGCCAGAACGAACCGUACAAGAUCUUCCUGAGCAUGAGCGACAACACCCGGCCGGCCCAGCCUCUGCUGCAGCGCUGCAUCCGAACCAACAUCAACUUCAACAAGCAGGGCCGUGACUGCCCCAACAACCGCGCCCUGCGCCCACAGUACAGAGUGAAUCAGUGGCUCCUGAAGUAAGCUCUGCAGCGGUGGCACCAACCAGUGCAGUUCCACAGGGCGACGCGGCAGGACUCCUUCUUGUCUGCUUCACUGGAAAAACUGUUUGAGCUGAAAAAACUGCAGAUGAACUGAAUGGAAGACUCAACAACUGGACUUCUCCACAGACAGCUUUACUGAACUAACAUUAGCUAAGCUCAGUUAACCCAACUCCAGACUGUGCAGGCCUCCAACUACACAUCCACAAUGUAACAGCUCAUUACGGUUGGCACAGCAGUGAUGCAGUUCAGGCCAAAACGUAAUAUAAAUCAUAAGGCUCCUGAUGUCUGCACUCUGUAUGUUCUUAUUUGUUGUUUAAAAGCUACCUGGUUUGUCAGAUGGAUGUAAUGUAAAGACAGGAGCGCCUUCACUCUGAUCCAGGCUUCAGAAAGUAAAUAUCAGAACCGUCAUCGCUCACUGAAAGAGUUUACAGUUCUACUGAAGGCCCGUACGCCUGGCAAUAAAGAAAACAAAGCUGCAGUGCGGAAGGAAUGAAAAAUAUCCUGCUCAUUAUAUGAAGUAAAAAGAAGAAAAUCUCAUUUUAUAAGGGAAUGUCAGUUUCACAUUCAUUUCAUUGUGUUAACAUUAUGUUCUAUACCAAAACUGGGGAAAAAAAAUUGCUUUAGACUUUGAAAUGUAGUGAUUGAAAAGUUUCUUGUGUAAAAAAAUGGUUUUACAAGAUUAAAAUAAUGUUUUAAAGGCUUGA